UGUAGGGGGCACAUCCAUUUGCUUCUAUCUGUGAAUUUGGUAUAAAAAAAGCUUUGUUUGCCUAAGCGUGAAAUUUUCCUGGAAAGCACCAAGCAAUUUUCCCAGAAAAAAAAAGGAAUACAAGAAAGAAUGAAUAGUACAUCGCCGGCACAUUCUUCAAUAUCGACCACAGCAAUUGUGGGAGGGAGUAGCAGCAAUGCUGCUUUGUCCACAGAAGAGUUCCACAUCCCACCUGAUCUAAUUUCAAUACAGGAGCGCAAAGACGAGGCUUUGCAUGUUCUAAAGUCAGAUCUGAUGGCUGCACUUGACAAGGAGGUUAAAUCCUUGGAUGAAGAUAACUGGAAGUUUGAAGGACCUCGCUCCCGUAUCCACCUUAUAUCAAGACGAGGUGGCUUUUUACACAAGCAGACAGGAUCAAAGAGCUGGAAAUUGGCUCCACCAAAGUGAUCCAGAGUUGUUAGAACAGAAGCUUAUUAUUAUACACGUGAAAAAUUAAGAGGUUGUGCUUCUUUCCUUCAAAUAAAUUAAAGCUGUUCAAGUGUAGAAAUUCAUCCCGAGUCCAUCCAAGGCCUUUCUCUGUAAACCCCUGAAUGUUUUCAUUGAAUUUCAUAGUUAUUGACCUCUGUCUCUGUCUCUGUCUCUCACAUGCACACACAUUUUAUGUUUCUAUUCUUUUGCACUUUGGCUGCAUCAAUCUGGACCUUGUGAUGGAGAUAUUGAUUGGGAAAGAACAGGUCUUAGACAAAGCCUUUCCUACGCAUUGCCUCUGCCUCUUUCCACCACCUUUGUUGUUUUUCUGUUUUUGUCAUUGUAAACUUCUACUUGUUGUUUUGUGGUAUUACUGUUUACUGCUUUUUAUUUUUCUAUAUUUACUGUUGUGUUCCUUGGGUUUUA